AUGAUUAGGCUAUUUUUAGCAACAACCCGAUAUAUAAGUUCUAUAUCUAGUUGACCGUUUUUAUUUUUAUGCGCUAAAACUACGAUAUGUUUAAUUAUAAUAAAGUCUAAUAACGUAGAGAAUCAAACAGACUGCGCGUAUAAAUAAUUACGGUAUCACAUAAGUGUAAAAAAAACUAAUUUACAAGCUUCUACGUGCAUAAUAAUUUAAAUAGUGCAUUUUAACUAUAAAAGUUUUGCGCUUAAAUAUUCGUUCUGAACGAAACGGAAUUUACGCGACUUCUAAAUAAACAAGUUGCACGGAGGUUAAUGUACUUACUCCGCCAGCGUCAUAAAGUAAACGCGUCUAUUGUGUCAAAUGUCGAAACAAUGAUUUCUACAGUGCGACGCGUCAUUAAUGGCGCUACAAUACGAGCUUGAUGGAGUGCGGCUUACGCGUAUGCAAAUGCGCCGCGUCGCGUCCUCCAAUCAGAUCGUCGCGUCACGUAGCGUCUUCCAAUGGGAGAUACGCGCUCGCAGGUGGCGGUGCGGUUAUCUGCUCGUCGUCGCCGCUGGAGUCCAUUGACCGGGGAACGGCGCCUCAGAUGCGGGCGAUCGCAGCACUCAAAGCGGGCGUGAGAUCUGCCGACGGCCGGCAUCGGGAUUCUGCUUUGGAAACACUUUCGCAUGGGAAACGUUCGCAAACCGGUUGAAACUUCCAGUGGAUGAGUUGUCAAGUUGUGGGCGCUCAACUUUCUCGUAGGCUUCGAACUUUCUUGCUUCGCGGUUCAUCCUGUGGUUCAGGCGCACCAAUGUUAGCUGUCGGGCAGAUGGAUAGUAACCGGCAGAGUGCUUUCGUUCUGGGCAGCACUCCACUGGCUGCGCUGCACAACAUGACCGAGAUGAAGACUUCUUUAUUCCCGUACGCCCUGCAGAACCCCGCGGGCUUCAAGGCUCCGUCUCUCGCCAACCUGAACUCUCAAAUCCCGCUGGGAACGCCGCAUGGAAUAAGUGAUAUCUUGGGGAGACCGAUCACCACCGCGGGACAGCUGCUCUCGGGCUUUCCCAGGAUCAACGGCUUGGCCACUUCAGCCGGGAUGUACUUCAACCCGGCGGCCGUGUCUCGGUACCCCAAACCGCUGACGGAGUUGCCCGGGCGGGCGCCCAUAUUCUGGCCGGGGAUGAUGCAGGGCUCGCCCUGGAGAGACCCGCGGGUUCCCUGUCCGGCCCAGGCGAAUAUGAUGCUGGACAAGGAUGGAAAGAAGAAACACUCCAGACCAACUUUUUCCGGACAGCAGAUUUUCGCUCUGGAGAAAACCUUCGAACAGACCAAAUAUCUGGCCGGUCCAGAGAGAGCUCGACUCGCGUAUUCUCUGGGAAUGACCGAAAGUCAAGUCAAGGUUUGGUUUCAAAACAGAAGAACCAAAUGGCGGAAGCGGCACGCGGCUGAAAUGGCCACGGCGAAGAAGAAACACGACUCGGAGACGGAGAAGAUGAAGGAGAGCUCGGACAACGAGGAGGAUGAUGAGUAUAACAAACCUCUGGACCCGAACUCCGACGAUGAGAAAAUCACGAGACUGUUAAAAAAGCACAAGACGAGUAACCUGUCCCUCAUCAGCCCGUGCAGCAACAGCUCGGACACUUUGUGAUGAUACUGAGCAAAAGACUCUUCAUUCUUAUCAUCAUCAUCAUCAUGAUCUGCUUCAGAUUCUUCUGGAGAACCGAGGCAGAAUUAAGCAGGGUAUAAACACUGUUCACGCUGCUUUUGCUUUGCUUUGAAUGCGGUUGUACAGUUAGAAGUGGACGUGAGAUGUAUAUAUAUUUUUUUACUGAGUAAAUUAUCAUGAAGCAUCACGAAGACGUGCCAACUUCCCCCUCAUCAUCACCAUCAUCGUUAAGAUCACUUUUGUCUUCGAUCGCUGAAGAAUAACGACGCAUUUUCCGCCUAAAAGUUUCACUUUUUUUUUUUGGAAACAGGUACACAAAGUGUAUAAAGAAGUGCCAGUGCUGUAAAUGAUGUGAAUAGAAUUUGUUUUAAUAAUGUCCUUUUGGCCGCUGGAGUUUAUGUUUUACCUCACAACAGGAAAAAAUACACAAAGAUGGACAUAAAUAUUGACGAAGAAGAGAAUAUUAUUGCUUCCGUGAGGACGGAAGAAAAAAAACUUUGUAUUAUCAAUAAAUUAUUUAACAAGC